AUGCCAAUUGAAUGGUCACAGAUGGAGUUGCUGUCAGCGAGAGCAGCGAGGCUUGUGGGAUGGGCCAUUGGAGAUGGUGGGCAUGACAAUGCAGCUCUGGAGUCAUCUGCGCUGUUGAAGACUGUGAGGAGGGUCCUGCCUGCAGCUGUGCAGUGGCUAGGCUGGAAUUGGGGCCAUGAGGUCGUCAUACAGGACCUUCUCAAGCGCCUGAAGCGUGCCUCAAGGCCUGGCGCGAUCGUUGCCCUUCGAAUCAUGUCCACGAUCAUCCAAACCAUGGCCCGUGCAACCCAACAGGACCCCUCUGCCAAGGCUGCCUGUAUGUCAGUGUGCAAAGCCCUCCUGGGGUCUGGGGCCGCUGGGCAGACCGCAAGGACAGUGGGAGUCAAGCAAGAGAUCGUGCAGCUUGUUGCUGGCGUCCUCAGCACCCUGGCAUAUGUGCAGAAGGAAGUGGCGGGGUCAGGGGGCGAAUCUGUGCUUCUGGCUGAUGCGGAUUUGGGUGAGUGCCUGAAGCUCUUGCAGGCAGUCGCCAGGAAGCUGCACCCCAGCUCCGUACCAAGGUCUGUCAUGCCGAUGAUGGCGAUAGGCCGGGAAGGUGUAAACAAACAGAGAAAGAGUGAGGGCAGAAAAUAG